GCCAUCCGUUACCGCGAGCAGCAGCUGCGGGUGGUGAUCAUAUCGGGCCCCUCGCUGCUCGCCGUGCUCUCCGAGUUCACACGCCUCUCAGGCCGCCCCUCCCUGCCGCCCGAUUGGGCCUUUGCGCCCUGGAAGGGGCGCGACGUGCACUUCAACUGCUCGCAGGUGGUGGAAGAUGCGGAGAAGCUGCGGCAGCAGGGCAUCCCGGGGUCGGUGAUGCUGAUAGACAGCCCGUGGGAGACGGCGUACAACGACUUCACCAUCAACCGCCUGCAGUUUGACGACCCCGAGGACAUGUUCCUGCGCCUCCAGGAGCUGGAGCGUUUUGGCUUCCACAACAUCUUCUGGGCGACGCCCUUCAUCAACCGCGCCAACCGCGUAGACAUGCAGGGCAUCACGGCGGGCCCGGCUGCCAUCUUUCAAGAGGCGGACGAGCGCGGCUUCCUAGUGCAGCAGGAGGGGGGAGGCUCUCAGAUAGUGAAGUGGUGGAAGGGCGAGGGCGGGCGCGUGGACUUCACAAGCGAGGCGGCGGUGGCGUUCUGGCACGGCGCCAUGAACACGACGCGGCAGUGGCCCACUGCGCGUGGGUUUAAGUGCGACGACGGCGAGGGCAACUACUUCCUGCCCGGCGCUGCGUUCCACGAUGGCUCACCACUCUCACUCAUGAAGACCCGGUACGUGGAGAAGUAUCUGGGCGCCAUGGGGUCGUUCAUUGACAAGUACCUGGACGGGGAUGGCGUGCUCAUGGCCAGGAGCGGCUUCACAGGCACGGGCAAGUCGUUUGUGUGGGCGGGCGACCAGCGCGCCAACUGGAAUCGCACAGAGGGCUUCCCGUCGGUGAUCAUGGCGGGGCAGACAGCGGCGCUGUCGGGUUCUUCCUGUGGGGCAGCGACAUCGCGGGGUACUUCGGCCACUCCAUCGACAAGGAGCUCUUUGUGCGCUGGGCGCAGUUUGGCGCGCUCUCCCCGCUGAUGCACCAGUUCGGGCAGGCCAACAGUGGCCCGUGGGACUACGACGCGCUCACGCUGCGCAUCUACCGCCGCUUCGCGCGCCUGCACAUGGCGCUCUUCCCGUACCUCAAGGCGGCGGCGCUGCGCAGCGCCACGGCGGGGGAGCCCAUUGUGUGCGCCAUGGCGCUCUGCUUCCAGGGGGACGCCCAGGCCGCCGCCUCGCAGUGGGAGUGGCAGUACAGGUUCGGCCCGGACCUGCUGGUGGCGCCGGUGUACGAGAGUGGAGUGAGCAAGGCCACGUGUACCUGCCGCAGGGCAGCGCGUGGGUACACUUCUGGGCCGCCAACGCCGCGCCCCUGGAGGGCGGGCAGGCGGUGGAGGUGGCGGUGCCGCUGCACGAGACUGCGCUGUACGUGCGCGCGGGGGCGCUCAUCGAGAGCAUCGAGGAGGACGUGGACACGCUGCUGCCGCCCUCAGCCACGCUGCACCCCGAUGUCAAGACCGUUGGCAGCGUGUGCAUCCUGCAGGUGUGGCCGGGCGUGCCGUCCCCUCGUCGUCCCUGGCGUCGCUGUUGGCGCCCUUCCAAGCGGCGCUCUCCGCCCGCCCCGUGGCGCAGGCGCACCGCCGCCACCGCCUGGUGCUGCAGCUGAGGGCGCAGGAGCGGGUGGAGCUGUCGCUGCGCUUCAUGCACGGCGAGCGCCUGGGGCACCCCACCGUGCGGCGCGGCACGCGCGAGCAGGUGGGCGUGGCGUGCGCGGGGGGCAACUACCUGGGCGUGGAGGGGCUGCACUGCGCGCUGGCGCUGGAGGCUGGGGUCACGGAGGUGUCGUGGGAGUAUGGCGGGUGACACGCGCCUGCUAGGGAAGGGACUGUGCGUUGGUGAGAAGGCGGCAGUAAUGUGCUCAGUAGACCCGUUCAGUGGAUCAUUACUGAAGCAAUGGGGAGCAUGAUGUGAUGAUGGAAACCACUGCAUCUUGAUCCGUUGUAAAGACAGUAUGAUCAACUCAGCAUCGUCUGCCAUGGCGUCGACACCUAUUGGCCUCAAGC